CAAUGGAUAAAAUGGUCGUCUAGUUUAGGGAAACCGUUGCUCUCUCGAUGUCAGUUGGUGUGCAGCAUCCACCGGAAUCAAUAAGAAGCGCUCUCGUAAGGUGGCAACAAAAUGUCGACCUCUUUCCUAACUCGUGGUUUAUCGUCGUUUCUGUUUAAAUCGUUUGCAAUCGGAUCAUCUAGCGCCGCGGGUCGGAAUGCUGGUCCCAAUCAGUCGCUAUUUCAUUCCACCAGCAAUACCGAACCGGAUGAUUCCAUACACUUUGAUAAGCUUCAAACAGUUCCCAGUGCUUGCAUCCAACUGUUUGUUACACUUGCCCUGACGAUCAUCUCCGUUAUAUAUACGCUACAGCAAUGUGAUACCACAACGGUGUGUUUAUAUUACUACAUGCUGCUUUACCUACGUGGCGUCUAUUGGGCGAUUGUUUACUUAAUCCACUUGUACACCAAAAGCCGACACCUGUGCCUGAAUCGCUGUGGGCACCAUUCCUUCGCUACGAAAGUUCACCGACACAAAAAAUCUUCCCUUAAGCUGGUUACGCUAUCGAAUAUGAUCCUGCUAAUAGUGCACACGGCAUUGGGCCAUUGCUUUGGGGAAACGUUUAUGCAACGUUGCUUUGUGGAUGGGUUUUCGUCCGUGGUAUUUGUAGCGUCUUUCACCCUUCUAGAAACUAUGAUUAUUGUACCAGUGCAGCUAUCCUAUAUCGUUCACGUUCGAGUGUUCAAUCUCACACGUCCCAUACCGGACGCGCAGCAGAAUGCCAACGACUUGAGUCUGCGUAUUUGCCCCACGGAGGAAUACAGCGUAAACGAUAGCUUCAAAAGCAUAACGGAUCCGAAGGAAUUCAUUCUGCUGCAAUCGGCGAUGAUAAGCAAGCUUAAGGAGGAGAACAGUCAGCUUUGUAGCAGAAUUCAGGAGGCGAAAAAUCUGGUGGAACUCGUUCCGAACCAAUCCCUUAACUACUCUCUGGCAGAACAAUCAAUCGUUGGAGGAUAUUAAUAGGACGCCACAGUAGUCCACGUUUAAUACAAUUUGUAUAGCGUAAUUGUGGUAUUGUGUAUGUGUUACCCUAUUACAUUGUACUACCUUUUAUGUAGUAGCUCUUCAUACACCAUUAUUUCGUAACGUUACUGGUUUGUAUACUACAUAUAUCGUUAUACGCAUGAAUCUAAACUACGAUAGACGUUAAGUAAUAAAUCUGUCCUUAUUCACUGUUUGCA